UCACUUCCGUAACUUUCACGCCGUUUUUUGGCGGGAGAAAGCGUGGUGGGGCCUCGUCCUCCUCGUUCUCCUCGUCUCCCUCCUCUAGCGACUUCUCUCGUGCCCCCCUCCCUCCCUGCCUGCCUGCCGCGGAAGGAAGAUGCACGCGUUCCUCAAGGGCGGGAGUUUACCUCAGAAGGAGAAGUCGGCCGCCAAGGAGAAGCCCGGCAGCGGCGAGGCGAAGCGGAGCCGAGCGGUGCCAUGGGUGGAGAAAUACCGGCCCAGGUGCGUGGACGAGGUUGCGCACCAAGAAGAGGUGGUGGCCGUGCUCAAGAAGUCGCUGCAAGGAGCCGAUCUGCCGAACCUGCUGUUCUACGGACCGCCGGGCACGGGGAAAACGUCGGCGAUCCUGGCGGCGGCACGCGAUCUGUUUGGGCCGGAGCUGUAUUCGCAGCGCGUGUUGGAGCUCAACGCGUCGGACGAGCGUGGCAUCCAGGUGGUGCGACACAAAGUGAAGAACUUCGCGCAGCUCACAGCAUCCAGCACUCGCAAAGAUGGCAGCCCCUGCCCGCCGUUUAAGAUUGUGGUGCUGGACGAAGCGGACUCGAUGACGUCCGCGGCCCAGGCCGCGCUGCGCCGCACGAUGGAACGCGAGACGAAGACGACGCGAUUCUGCCUCAUCUGCAACUACGUGAGCCGCAUCAUUGAGCCACUCACUUCGCGCUGCUCCAAGUUCCGCUUCAAGCCCCUGUCGGACGCUGCGCAGGAGCAGAGGGUCAGGCACGUGUGCGACCAGGAAGGGCUCAAGAUCGAGCAGGAGGCCCUGUCGGAGCUGGUAAAGGUAGCCGAAGGCGACCUCCGCCGCGCCAUCACCAUGCUGCAGAGCGCCGCCCGCCUCGUAGUCGGGGCGACCAUCACGCGAGCCGUCGUCAUGGAGAUCUCCGCCUCCGUGCCCACCGCUUUGCUGAAUGCCCUGGUGGAGGCGUGCCGCUCCAGUUCCAUCGACAAGAUGGACCUGGCUGUCCAGAACAUUUGCUGCGAGGGCUACGCGGCCACGACGCUCAUAGGGCAGCUUCACGAGGUCGUGCUGUGUCGUGCCGACCUCUCCGACCGGCAGAAGUCGGCCAUCGCCGACAAGCUGGGGGAGGUGGACAAGUGCCUGGUGGACGGGGCGGAUGAAUACCUGCAGAUGCUGGCCCUGUGCUCCGUGCUUAUGACGCAGUUCAAUCGCCCCACGGAGUGAAACGCGGCGUCCAGAUUGCGUCACGACAUCGCAACGUGUGAAACCCGUGCCACUCCAUGUCACACACAAACCUUAAGCCAAGCCUUCUGGCUCGAAAAAGUCGAGGGUUGAUUUCGUAAACAAGCAUUGCGUUGAUUCAAGAUCGACAUAAUCUUGCGGCGAUUGAAUUGCAAGCCCUCCUUCGAUUUUGGAAUAUCACGACUCUCAGAUUUAUUCCGUGUCGCAUUCCGGAGCAUAAAAUGUCUUGUUUCCUUAUCACGCACACCGUGCGUCGGUUUUUAGAGGAGGGGAAGGGGGCAGGGGGGGGCUGUGGUGAAUGUUUACGUUGGGGCCACGUUACUUGGUUUGGCUAAAGUGAGGACUGUUGAUACUCUGUAAAAUAUAAGACUGAACGUGUUGGCGUUAUGAACGACUAAAAUAAAAGUGCAUUUUGUUGCUGUCGUUUUCCCAUGGUCGAAUCGCCCGGAAUUUGCCUUAAGGGGCCAUCCAUUUAGUACGUACGCAAAAAUCUAUUUCAACUUGACCCCUCCCUGUUCGCACGCGUACUUUUUACACCCUCCCCAUCUGGGCACGUUCGCCUGAUGCACCCCCCCCCCCCCCGAAUCCUAUAGAACGGCCGAUAUUUAAUCUACGCAGAAACGAUCGAGGAUUAAUAAUAUUAACGUAACGUCAUGGGACCUCCUUUGCCAGUACCAAAAUAUGAGAAUAGGGUUUCCCCUUUUUUCUGGCAACAAACAGCUGUGUUAAGAUGUUAAAACACCAAACUAAUACAUUUUGCAAGGAAUCAUGUCUGCAUUAACCACAAUACUUGCAGUCAAAUGCAUACAAAAAACAAUACUCUGAUAAUUUAUGCAUUGUCCUUGAAACUGGUUGGUCCACACCAGAGACAGCUUUCUUUUGAGCCUCGUCUUAAAACGGUGUUAGACCAGAGGAUGCUUGUGUUGCGAUUGAAACGUUGUAUUUUGUGAUUUUCUUUGAACCUAUCUACGUGACUUUACCGAAUGACCCAAAGAAUAUGAAUUCCUGCAGUCACGAAAGCUUUAAGUCAAGAUUCAGAUUUCCAGCUCCCGUCUACCCAUCUAUAACUAUUUUGAUCUUGGUCCGUCUUCAAUAGCCGCCUUGAGUAUAAACACUCCAAUGUGUUGACCAGUUGUCCCUACAAACAGGUUUCUUGAACUGUUUUGUGAACCUGUAAUUUCGUUUUUGCCCAUAUUUAUUUUGAGUCCAACUUUGCAGCAUUAUUGAGUGCGUAAUUUGAUCGAUUCCGAGGACUCUUGCCAUUGGUCAUUACUUCUCUGUCAAUGUCUUUAUUUCUCCAGUCCUGUUUUCAUAAAGCAUCGUCUCUUGUCACCGAGUAACUUUGUUGAAACCGUGUUUCCCUGUCCGACUCCUUACAAUAUAUAAUUGUCUUCAAUACCUCGAAGAGGGGUGAGGGUUGGUGGACCACACAAAUGUUGUGAAGCUCCCUUUCUUUCUGUGGGCAUCUAGGAGGAAGCUGAUCCCUGG